AUGGUGCCAGCAGGCUCUGUGGGAGAUGGGCUGAGGCCACCUUACUGGUGGACCAGGGAAGGCUUCACGGGGAAGGGGCCUUUUCUGGAUGACCCCUCUCUGAGUGUCACCCAGGCAGCCUUUCCUGGACGGAAGUCCAAAGCGAAGCCCAACGGGAAGAAGCCAGCGGCGGAGGAGAAGAAGGUGUACCUGGAGCCGGAGCACGCUCAGUCCAGGAUCACCGACUGCGAGUUCAAGGAGCUGGUGGUGCUGCCCCGCGAGAUCGACCUCAACGAGUGGCUGGCCAGCAACACCACGACGUUUUUCCACCAUGUCAACCUGCAGUACAGCACCAUCUCGGAGUUCUGCACGGGGGAGGCGUGCCAGACCAUGGCCGUGUGCAACACACAGUACUACUGGUAUGACGAGAGGGGUAAGAAGGUCAAGUGCACAGCCCCCCAGUACGUCGACUUUGUCAUGAGCUCCGUGCAGAAGCUGGUGACUGACGAGGACGUGUUCCCUACUAAAUACGGCCGAGAGUUCCCCAGCUCCUUCGAGUCCCUGGUGAAGAAGAUCUGCAGGUACCUGUUCCACGUGCUGGCGCACAUCUACUCGUCACACUUCCGCGAGACCCUGGCGCUCGAGCUGCACGGACACUUGAACACGCUCUACGUCCACUUCAUCCUCUUCGCCAGGGAGUUCAGCCUGCUGGACCCCAAAGAGACCGCCGUCAUGGACGACCUCACGGAGGCGCUGUGUGCCGGCGGGGCCCGCGGCGGGGGCGGAGGGGGCCCGGGGGCCCAGAACCACGUGAAGGAGAGGUGAGCCGCGCGGCCGGCAGGCGUGCACGUGUGC